UGAGCGGGAGCCGGGCUUCAGGAGACUUGCUAACAGUUCCCAGCGAGCGAGAGUGCGCCAGAGAGAGAAAAGCGAGAGCGAGGGAGUGAGUGCGAGGGAACCUAGAGGAGUCAGGGCGAGAAAGCGAGGACCCGAGGACCCACGAUUGAGACAGAGUGACCAUGGCUGUCUCCGCACCUCCCGUGAUCUCUGCAACUUCCAGCGGUGCCGGCGUCCCAGGGGGCUUGUUUCGGGCCGAACUCCCGUACUCGACUCCGAGAGAACCCCCUCGUCUCACCCCCAAUAUGAUCAACAGUUUCAUGGCCAACAACCACAGCGGCAGCGCCGGGGGCGGCGGGGUCUGUAGUGGCAGCAGCAGCAGCGGCAACACCAACACCAACGAGUGCCGGAUGGUCGACAUGCACGGGGUGAAGGUGGCUUCGUUCCUGAUGGACGGCCAGGAAUUGAUCUGCCUGCCGCAAGUCUUUGAUCUUUUUCUCAAGCACCUGGUAGGGGGGUUGCACACAGUGUACACCAAGCUGAAGAGACUGGACAUAUCCCCCGUGGUGUGUACUGUUGAACAGGUCCGGAUCCUCCGCGGGCUGGGGGCCAUCCAGCCCGGGGUGAACCGCUGCAAACUCAUUACCAGGAAAGACUUCGAAACUUUGUUCACAGAUUGCACCAAUGCCAGAAGGAAGAGGCAAAUGACAAGAAAACAAGCUGUUAACAGUUCAAGGCCUGGCAGGCCCCCUAAGCGUUCUUUGGGAGUGUUGCAGGACAAUGCCCGCCUUCUGCCCCAUGCAGUCCCAGGCCUCUUAUCACCAGGACUUAUCACUCCAACAGGUAUAACAGCUGCAGCAAUGGCUGAGGCAAUGAAGCUGCAGAAGAUGAAGCUUAUGGCUAUGAAUACUCUUCAGGGAAAUGGAAGCCAAAAUGGGACCGAAUCAGAGCCUGAUGAUCUUAAUUCUAACACGGGUGGAAGUGAAUCCUCCUGGGAUAAGGAUAAGAUGCAGUCUCCUCUUGCUGCUCCUGGACCCCAACAUGGAAUUGCUCAUGCAGCCCUAGCUGGCCAGCCAGGCCUUGGGGGUGUUCCUACCCUCAAUCCACUGCAGCAGAACCACCUGCUAACCAACAGGCUGGAUCUGCCAUUUAUGAUGAUGCCUCAUCCCCUGCUUCCAGUCAGCUUACCUCCUGCAUCAGUUGCCAUGGCAAUGAAUCAGAUGAACCAUCUCAAUACUAUUGCCAAUAUGGCUGCUGCAGCCCAGAUUCACAGUCCUCUCUCCAGAGCUGGUACUUCUGUUAUAAAGGAGCGGAUCCCAAAGAGUCCUUCUCCUGCUCCUUCUCUGGAAGAGGGUCAUCGCCCUGGGAGCCAGACCUCUUCUCACCCCAGCAGCAGUGUGUCCAGCUCUCCCUCUCAGAUGGAUCAUCAUUCAGAGAGAAUGGAAGAGGUACCAGUUCAAAUUCCAAUGAUGAAGUCACCCUUGGACAAGAUCCAACUGACUCCUGGGCAGGCAUUGCCCCCUGGAUUCCCUGGACCAUUCAUUUUUGCUGAUAGUCUGUCCUCCGUGGAGACUCUGUUGACCAACAUUCAGGGUCUACUGAAAGUGGCUUUGGAUAAUGCUCGCAUCCAGGAGAAGCAGAUUCAGCAAGAAAAGAAGGAACUGCGAAUGGAGCUCUAUAGAGAGAGGGAAAUUAGAGAAAACCUUGAAAGACAACUUGCAGUUGAGCUUCAAAGCAGAAUUUCAGAUACUGGAAUUCCAGAUACUGAAAUAGAAAACAAUGGGACUCCUCAUGAUAGCGCUGCAAUGCAAGGAGGUAACUAUUACUGUUUAGCAAUGGCACAACAAUUUUAUUCGGCCUGAAAGGUCCUCGCUGGCUUUACAUAAAUGAAGAUGCUUGUGAUUCCAGUUUAUCUCUGAAACUAUUCAACACGGAGUUAUUUCAAUUGUGUUUAUCUGCAAAGCUUUGUUUACUGAACAAGCUAUUCAAUCUGUGUUACAUUUAAAAAAAAAAGGAAUGUGUGUACAUUUUAAAAGAAAUGAUGUAAACUUUGUCCUUGCAUUAGAUUGAACAGUUUAAGAAUAUGAACUAAAUCCUAAUGGCUAAAGUAACUUGAUCAUAUUUGAUGCUUUUCUAUGCUCAUUUCAGCUUGGCUUUUUGUCUUUUAAGGAAAAAAUGCAGUAGUGUGUUAGGGACUAGAAACUUACAUGUAUGGUUUCUCUGUUCUACCAUAUAUUAAGUUAAAGUACACCUUCUUUGUUAAAAAUGUACUUGCUAAACUUCAGUAUAAAUAAAAGCAUUUUGACUUUG